AGAAGAGAAGCGGGUGUUGGAGCGUCGCUCGCCAUUUUGAAGUGGAGCGCUUUGUGGAGGUUCGGUUCGGGAUCAUAAGGAGACGGUUUCUGUACAUCCAGAGCGGUACCCCUCUCCCCUGCGACGAUGCUGUCCGCCGCCCAGCUCCUUGACGAGUUAAUGGGCCGGGACCGGAACCUGGCUCCGGAUGAGAAACGGUCCAAUGUCCGCUGGGACGACGAGAGCGUGAGUUAGCUUCAGUUAGCUUCUUCGGUUAGCUUCAGUUAGCUGCUUCAGUUAGCUUCAGGCUAAUGAGACCGGGUUCGGGAGACUGGUUCGACAUGGUUAUUGGAACCAGAACCUCGGAGUGUGUGAGGGGGUCAGAACCGUCUGGGUUUAAGAGAAAAACCUGUUUCAUGAUCGUUCGGGUCCAUGAGCGGUUCCUCUAAUGCUAAUGCUAGUGCUAACGGUCCUGUAGGAUAGUAGGGGAAGGUCCCGCCAUCACAGAUAAACUCAUUUAAAUCUAAAUUAACUUUAAAAACUCAGUUUAGUCUCUGUGUUUAAUUAUUAAUUCACAUUUAAUUAACAUCCAUCUGUCACGUGGUUCAUUGAAGUCUUCAUAGAAACCGGUUCAGCCAAACCAGAGUCCUGCAGGGACUCUCUGAUCCGGAUCAGACCUUCAGAUUAAAGUAGAGAUCUGUGAGCAAUUUAGUUUUCACUCUCACUGAUUAUCAGAAGAAAGAGAAAGUGACACAGACUCCCCAAAAUGACUCUUUACUCUUUCUAUGACAGAGUAACAAGAAAACUUUCAAACCCAAAGAGUUCGAUCAGAGAAUAAAACACAACUAAAGGGAUAUUCCAGUGUAAAAUGAAGUUAGGGUCAAACACACCGUAACACCGAGAUAGACCCCCCCUCCAGAGAUGAAUGUUGCCGACCGCUUGAUUCUCUAGUUAUACCAACUUCAGUAACAACCACACGAUGGUAAUACACAGCGGUCUGAGGAGCCAUAAACAAACCUGAACCAAAACGCCACUCUAUAGCCACAAAUAAUGCUCAGAACAGCACCUAACUUCAUCAACAGGACAUAUAGGGUCACAGCCAUAGUACUAGCCACCAAACAUCUUUUUAACUUUGACUCAUUUCUUUAGCAAAGAGACAAAACACAACUCACCUACUCUCUUCCAGCAGCUUCUUGUUUGUAGCGAGACCUCAGGCCAGUCCAUUACAGACUACAGCGGGGUGCCGCAGCUCAAGGAAGAACAUUUAUGAUUAUUUCUUUAUCAUUUCCUUGAAAUGAUAAUCAUCAUAUUAAUCAUUUUUCACUGCAGACGCGGUAGUUCUUCUGCCUUAGCGUCUCGGUCUGAUUGUAUUUCCAUGAAGAAAUGAUCAUAAAUGUUCUUCCUUGAGCUGCGGCACUCCGCUUUAGUCCCUGCUGUACAGCACAGAUCUCAUCUCUAUAUGGUCACACUCCUCUUCCUCUCCUUCACCUCGACCUUCAUCGCUGCAGUGAACAGAGUUUCUUAACAGCGGGGACACUCUUAGGAGCCGAACCUCAUAUCUAAGAAAAAUCUCUGAGCAGACAGGAUUAGUUUUCCAGAAUAUUCCUGUGAGUUUGUUGAUGCAGCUGCAGCGUUUUAGUGAACAUGAGGAGGCAGCAGAUUAAUCCAGCUCAGACUGAUGUUCAUCGUGUAGACGAUCUCUCCUCUUCAGUCAGACCGGGUCUCUGCUUCUUAAACCUGCUGACACUCUGACUCUUUGUUUUCUUCACAGGUCUGUCGAUACUAUCUGUGUGGAUUCUGUCCUGCAGAGCUCUUCACAAACACCCGCUCUGACUUAGGUGAGGAACUCUGACCUGAACUCCACAGAAAUCACCGACACUGAUAGAUCUAACGUCUGAAUGUUUCUUCUUUUCCACAGGGCCGUGUGAAAAGAUCCAUGACGAGAAUCUGAGGUUAACGUAAGUCCCUCUCAUUUUUCAAACAGAGCUCAGAGUUGUUCUAUUUCCACCCCAUAAAGUGUUUUUAUCCUCCUGCCUACUGCAGGUACGAGAAAAGCUCACGCUUCAUGAAGGAGGGGUAUGAGCGGGACUUCCUGCGUUACCUGCAGUCCCUCCUGGCCGAGGUAGAGAGGCGGAUUCGUAGAGGACACGCGCGGCUCGCUCUGUCCCAGGCUCAGCAGAACGCCGGGGUGAGUUUGUGACUGCAGGGUCUGAGUUUGGAGCUGCACCAUGAUUCAUGAUCCGGGUCGUCUCUGCAUGUUUCCGUCCUCUUUGUCCGGGCUCAAGUGUGUGUGGGGCUGAGAUCUAGUGUGUUUGAUCCUGCAGGGUCCUGGUCCAUCAGGGAAGAACGAGGAGAAGGUCCAGGUUCUCACAGAGAAAAUUGAAGACCUGGUGGUUCAGGUGUGUAACACUGUGAUUCUCCUGUAACAGAGACGCUCUUCUGAAUAUGUGACAUAUACUAACGAGCUAAGUCGUCUUUUCUGUGAUUGGCUGCUCAGAUUGAGGAGCUGGGGUCAGAGGGCAGAGUGGAGGAGGCCCAGGGAAUGAUGAAGCUGGUGGAGCAGUUGAAGGAGGAGCGGGAGCUGCUCAGCUCCACCCCCUCGGUGAGUGGGAAAACUCCAGUCAAUUCCGAUGUUUUAACCAUAUGUGACACAUAUCUGAUUUGUUCUAAUCCGACCCAGGCCUCUUCUGUAUGUGGACAUAAAUCAGAUAUGUACCCGAUGUGACUGCAGUGUGUACGCUCAGGUCGCUUUCAUCUAACCUAUACGUCAUCAAUAUGCAACAAACGUCACCAUUGUUCGACAACACAAACAGGCGCGGAAAGCAAUUUGUGCUUUGUGAGCAUGCGGGUCACUUCACGGACACAUUCUGUUCACAUAAGUUGCCGCAUUCGUUGUUGUAAUGUGAACGACCGCACAAAAAGAUCGGAUUUAACAAAGAAUACGAACUGUGCAUCAGAACGUGCCGUGUGAAUGUCUGUUUACUUCCUGUUUACUUCUCCGACAACUUACAGAAGUGAGCAGGAAAAGCUCGACUCUGAUUGGCUGUUGUCACACAUAGUUCGGCUAUGUUUGAUCAAGUGAAUAUGCUCACAGCUGAUCACCUGAUCAAACUGAAAUUGAUCGCGAUCAUUAAUCACGAUCAUAUAAUGGCCCAGUCCUCCUCCUCCUCUCAGUGAAAAUGUCGAAUUUGUUCCAGACCAUCGAGAGCUUCGCGGCCCAGGAGAAGCAGAUGGAGGUCUGUGAGGUGUGUGGGGCCUUCCUCAUCGUAGGCGACGCUCAGUCCCGAGUGGACGAUCACCUGAUGGGCAAGCAACACAUGGGCUAUGCCAAGAUCAAGUCCACCGUGGAGGAGCUGAAGGUAAGUGUGAGUGAGAAGGACCAGAACCAGACCCAGCAGAACCAAAGCUUUAUGGGGGGUGAGGUGGUUUUAGAAGGUUUUCAUGGUGGACCUCAUCACUCUUGUUUGUAGGAGAAACUGCGACGCCGCUCAGAAGACCCCCAAGGUGAAAACCCGGCCCUGAAGAAGGACAGAGAAGACCGCGAGCGUGAACGGGAGGAGAGGGAGAAAAAACGCAAAGAGGAGGAAGAGAAAGAGAAAGAACGAGAAAAAGAGCGAGAGAAGGAGAGAGAGCGAGAGAGGGAGCGGGAGCGUGACAGAGAGCGAGACAGAGAGCGGGACAGAGAUAGAGACCGGGACAGGGACAGGAGGUCACGGCGAAGCCACUCCCACAGCCGACACUCCAGUAGAGCAUCAGACAGGAAACGGAGCCGAUCCCGAGACCGGCGGAGGUCCAGGAGCCGAGACAAGGACCGGGAGAGGGACCGCAAACGCAGCAGGUAGGAACCGCCGCCGCAGAGACCCACCUGGAUGAGGAUGGUUUUAGCUCUGGAGGACACUGUGUCACUUGUCCUCUUUUUUAGGAGCCGGGACCGGGACAGGGAGAGGAGGCGCAGCCGGGAGCGCUCAGACAGAAAGCGUCGCUCCCGCAGUCGGGAACGGAGGAGGUCUCGCAGCACGGAGCGCAAAUCCCACCGCCAUCGCAGCCGUAGCAAAGACAGGGACAAGGAGAGGGACAGAGACCGGGACAGAGAGAGGUCAUCAAAAGAUAAAGGUGAGUGAAACGGCCAAAAGAAGGUAUGGAAUAUCUUAGUACAUUCAGUCCUCCGUCUCUGCAGAAUCUGUCUGAUGUUAACUACAUCAAAAUGAUGACGUGCAGAAAAGGUGACUUUGAACGCUGGUCUGUGCUCCCUCUCUCUUUACUGGGGCGUGUUGAGAGUGUUCGCAUGAAUGUCCUGCCCUGACUUCUCUAUUUGAUACCAGUAGAAAUUCCAAAGCUUGUUCUCAACAACCUGGAUAAACUGCUGGGAUGGGAAUUGAUAAGAUUUUAUCGAUAUCGAUGCCAUUAUUGAUUCUGCUUAUCGAUUCAGUUCUUUAACGAUUCCCUUAUCAAUGCCAUUCUUUGAUUUUAAAAAAAAAAAUAAAAAAAAAAGCUAUAGGUUUCCAUCAUUAACUCAAAAUGUUAUUGAGUCAAAUGUUAUUUUCCAAAGACAGCGCAUGUUUGCGUUGCGUCAGUGGCUUUGCUUACAAGUGAGUGGAGGUGCAGAGCUGCAGACAGCACUGAUCCUCUGCACUGUUUUAUAAUCAAUAAAAACAUGUAAUGGACAUUUGAAGGAAGAAAGGAAUCUUUAAGAUAAAAUGUAAAUGAUGUCGAUGGAUUGAACCAUUUGAAACCGGUUCUCAACAAGAACUGGUUCUCGAUUCCAAUCCCAUCUGUACUGGGAAUCCAUCAAGUCCCUCCUCCAGUUUGAUGGACUGGGAUCAUGGCUCCGGUCUUCAUGAAUCAUGUUUGUCUUUCAGACCGUAAGUCGACGGAGGAGAGGAGCAGCUCGAAGAAAGACAAGCACGCCGACGGCGAGGUGGCCACCAUCAAGGUUUCAUCAGAAGCGGAACCAAUGGAGACGGAGGCGCCGGCCUCUGGCUCCUCCCCUCUGCUUAACGGCCAACAAGAGCUCCUCCAUUCUGAAGGUGACACUCAGUCCAAUUAAAACUGAUCUGAUAGGACCUCAGAUCAGACUCAGGUAAGUGCGGCCUCCUCCCCGCUCCCCCUGGCUCUAAACCUCACCCUCCCUCACCCCCUCCCUCACCCCUCCCUUGCCUCUCCCCCCAGUUUGAGUUCAGUUCACUGCCUUUGAUUUAUUCUUCUGUACUGUGUGUGCUUCUGCUGCUGCUGCUGCAUAUACAUCUUUAUCCUGUUUUCAAAUACGUACGAACAGAAGAUGAAGGAGUGAGAAGAAAGUAGAAAUCAGUCACACAAAGUCCAGAGUCCAAAGACCAGUGUAGUCCAGGUACCCGGGUUUUCUAUAACCGUUUCUGUCUUUGGGGGCGAAAUGGACCAGAAGUUCUGAACCAGUCCAAUCCAGUCUUACUGCCUGUUUUACCCUGUUUUUGUUUUUGUUUUCUCUCCUUUCAUUUACUGACUGUUUUUACACUCAAGUAGGAAAAUGUUUUUAUUUUUCACUCCAUCCAGGGAGGGAAACCAGCCUCUGUGUGUGUGUGUACAGAGAGGGAGGGACUUUCUGCAGCUCCUCUGUAGACACACACACACACACACACACACACACACACACACACACACACACACACACACGCGCACACACACACACACACAGACUCCAGCUGUAGUCAGAGCUGUAUGUGAAAACCUUUUUCUUCUGCCACCAUCAUUUUCUCAAAUGCUGUGGAUUUGUUGUCCAGCUGACUGUGCCUGAUAAUGCCAUGCAGUGUGUGUUUGGGGGGUGGGGGUGGGGUGGGGGGGUGUCAAAGCAGCGGGAGGGGGUGCAUUACGUAACUGACUAACUGGAGGGUAGGGUUUAUCGAAUGAAUUACAGCUGACUUCCAUACCUCACACAGCGUUGGUGUUGUGAGCGAGACCACAUGUGAAAAGGGCAAAUUAAAAAUCAUGGAUACUCUCUGACUGUCAAACUGUGCAGGUACUCACCCCAGGUACUCCUUUCUCUACCCACAUCCAUUUCUGAAUGAAACAACUGUUCUGUUCUGAUCCACAGAAUCCAGCUCAGAUUUUUACUCUACUGCUUUAGUCUUUAAAAUAAAAAAAUAAAGAGGCUAUGAUAGAAAAACCACACAGAACCGCCUGUUUGAUACCCCUGACUGUGUGUGUGUGAGUGCGUGUGUGCGCGUGAGUGUUGGGAAUAUCAAACAGUUUUAAGGAUAAAGGGUAAAGAGUAGAAAUGACUGUUUUAGUGUUUUAGAUUCUCUUAAACUUUGGUGGAAACAGUAAAAAGUGUAACCCAGAUAUUCUCCACCUAUCAUCAGGAUAUCUUUGAGUCUCUUGUUUACGACCUUCACUGUCCUCUGAGGUUAAAUUGAGGCGUUUGUUAGUCUGACCUGCAGUUGUGUGUGUGUGUGUCAGUGAUGAUGAUGAUGAUCCUGGUGGGAUCUUUACUAACAUCUCCUCCUGUGAACAUCUUUGCUCUCCAGGGGAAUCUGGGAAACCUGAUGGAGGAAGAAGUGGAAGAGCGCACCCAUCCUCCUCCUCCUCCUCCCCCCUGAACCGGACACUUCGCUGCUUAAAAACAAGGUGAACCACAAAUGUGUAGUGGCUUAUUAAAACCAUCAGCAUACAUCAGAGUGUAAAUGAGGCCAGGAAACUAAAAGAUUUAAUGUCUCCCGUCCGUGACGUCUGGGAUGGGGGGGUCAGUUGUGGUUCAUCUGAUGUAUUUGUUGGUCUAGAUGUCCUCAUGGCAUCACUUUACAAAACCAAACUUAGAGGAGGGUCAGUGUGGGUUUGUCUUCUUCUCCUGAGGAUCUUUACACACCCUCCUUGUUUCUUGGCAUUUAGUGAAAAUGAAAUCAAUAAAAAAAACCAGUGCUUGUGCUUUGUUUUGGGUUGUCAGGUUUCACUUCUUCACCUCCUGAGCUUCUUCUUUUUUUAAGGCAGUUAAACGCGUAUGUACAAUGUUAGUCCCCUGGUGACCGAGCGUGUCUCCUCCCUCCUCCACCUAGAGCUCACGUUGAUCGCUCCCCUUACUGUAAAAUAUCCUGAUUUCAUUUUGAUCGAAAGAUUUGAAGACUGAAGACUUGUUUGAUUUUUCUCUGCUUUUAUUGUCUCUGUUGUCUCAAUGAAUAAAAAGUAAAAACACGUU